AUGGGCUCAAAGCCGAGGAUCCCGGCCACAACCGCCGCUGGAAGGCUGAAGAGGAGGCUCUCAAACUCCAGCAGGAGGCUCAGAAAGCGCCAGCUCUGCCCACGCAAUUCCACCAACAGCGAUUCGUCAGUCUCCGGCAAGCUAGCGGCGCUGAGGAGCCUCAUCCCCUCCGAAAUCGGAGAUGCGAAGCCUGACCAGCUGUUCCUCGAAACCGCCGACUACAUCGUGCUCCUCAAAACUCAGGUGCUUGUUUUGCAGAAAUUGGUCGAUUUUUAUGGAUCGCAGUCGCAGGAGAAUCGCGACGGUGUGUAG